UUUCACAUUUCUCCGCUUAACAAACCCUAGAGACCAAAAAUGGAAGAAGCCCUAAGGAACUUCCACGGAUCUAACGAAACCGACCCGAUUAACCCUUUCACGAGAAACUUCACCAACGCCACAUCUUCACCAGUUAACCGCAAGAAGUCUUCAAAGGAUACGACAGUCACCGUAGCCGGAGCCGGUAGCAGCACGACGAGGUACCGCGGCGUUCGUCGGAGACCAUGGGGAAGAUACGCGGCGGAGAUACGUGAUCCGAUUUCCAAGGAAAGACGAUGGCUCGGAACAUUCGACACGGCGGAACAAGCAGCUUGUGCUUACGACUCCGCGGCUCGUGCCUUUCGUGGAGCUAAGGCUCGUACUAACUUCAUUUAUCCGACAGCUGUUAUUGUUCCUGAGCCAAGAUUCUCUUUCUCUUCCAAGAAAUCUAUGCCGUCCGUCCGUUGUCCUCUUCCGUCUCUACCGUUAGAUCACUCUAUACAUGAGUUUUACGGUGCACCGGCGCCACAACAGAACAUAAACACUCAGUCAAUCUUCUUACGCGACGCUUCGUGUUCCUCUCGUAAAACCUCGGCGUUUAAUAACUCCUUCAACGGCUCAUCUUCUUCUCACUCCACACCUAAAACGGCGUCCAUUACGUCUUCCGAAAACGAAAACUACGAUUCGUUUUUCCCGGAAGAGUCCUCUGAUUCUGGUCUAUUACAAGAGGUCGUUCAAGAGUUCAUGAAGAAAAGCCCCGGCACUCCUCCGCCGCCGCCGCCAACACCACUUCCGGUGAGCAGCCAUGACGAGAACUCCGGUGAUUUCUCUGGUCUCUUUAUCUACUCUGACAACAUGUUUCAAGAGACGAAGGAGGCUCCAACGUCGAAACUAGAUCUCUACGGGAAUUUCCAAGGUAACGACUCCGGUUAUUUCGACGGCGUGAGCGCCGCCGUAGACGGUGGCUUAACUUAUGGAUCGAACGAGUGGGCGUAUCAGGAAAUGUUGAUGUACGGAACUCAGUUAGGCUGUACUUGCCGGAGAUCGUGGGGUUAG